AGUGCCAGCGAAGGGGCUCGGCGAAGCGAGGCUUGCGAGCAAGGCAUUGGGGGUGCGUUAGCGGCGGGACUUGUGGGGCUGUUCCGGGGGCUUUCAGAAAGCAGCCGCGAUGCCGCUUGCCCAGCUGGGAGCAGAGCCUUGGCCCGAUAUGGAGCUCGUGGACAUGGAGUUGGACGCCGAGAAUGGGCAAGCUGCUCCGGAGGAAAAGAAAGGGGCUCCGUCCAAGGCAAAACGGCAUCCCACUUGGAUUGAGAGAGAUGUGAGCUCCGUAAUUAAGAAUGAAGGUUCGGUCCAAGAAAUUACCAUCACGUACCUUGUGAAGGAGGGAUCCGAGAAGGCCGAUCCAUCACAGUUUGAGCUCCUUAAAGUCCUGGGGCAAGGUUCCUUUGGCAAAGUUUUCCUAGUGAGGAAAAUCACCCCACCGGACAACGGCCACCUCUAUGCCAUGAAGGUCUUGAAGAAAGCCACUCUGAAAGUGCGUGAUCGAGCAAGGACAAAAAUGGAAAGAGACAUCCUAGUGGAAGUCAAUCAUCCCUUCAUCGUGAAACUCCACUACGCAUUCCAAACAGAGGGGAAACUCUACCUCAUUCUCGACUUCCUCCGUGGGGGAGACCUCUUCAUGCGCCUUUCCAAAGAGGUAAUGUUCACUGAAGAAGAUGUGAAGUUCUACCUUGCAGAGCUGGCACUGGGACUUGGUCACUUGCAUCGCUUGGGCAUUGUCUACAGGGACCUUAAACCAGAGAACAUCCUCCUAGACGACGAAGGACACAUUAAGCUCACAGAUUUUGGUUUGAGCAAAGAAGCCAUAGACCGUGAGAAAAAGGCCUAUUCUUUCUGUGGGACGGUGGAAUACAUGGCACCAGAAGUUGUGAAUCGUCAGGGCCACACCCAGAGUGCGGACUGGUGGUCAUAUGGAGUCUUGAUGUUUGAGAUGCUGACGGGGUCCCUGCCGUUCCAAGGGAAGGACCGCAAGGAAACAAUGAUGCUCAUUCUCAAAGCAAAGCUGGGCAUGCCCCAGUUUCUGAGUUCUGAAGCACAGAGUCUCCUGCGAGCACUUUUCAAGAGGAACCCGGUCAACAGGUUAGGUUCAGGUCCUGAUGGUGUGGAAGAAAUCAAGCGUCACCCAUUUUAUUCCACCAUUGACUGGAAUAAGCUCUAUAGGCGAGAAAUCAAACCACCUUUCAAGCCUGCUGUGGGCCAACCAGAUGACACCUUUUAUUUUGACAAAGAGUUUACUUCCCGCACACCUAAAGACUCCCCUGGGAUCCCACCUAGCGCAGGGGCCCAUCUGCUCUUCCGUGGGUUCAGUUUUGUGGCCGCUGGGUUGAUGGAGGAUGAGAAGGUCAGAUCUUCACCUGUGCCUCUGCAUUCUGUGGUGCAGCAACUGCAUGGCAAGAACCUCCAGUUCAGCGAUGGUUAUGCGGUGAAGGAAGCAAUUGGUGUGGGUUCUUACUCCGUGUGCAAACGCUGCGUUCACAAGGCAACGAACACAGAAUAUGCUGUGAAGGUCAUUGACAAGAGUAAGCGAGACCCUUCUGAAGAGAUUGAGAUACUCCUACGGUAUGGACAGCACCCAAACAUCAUCACUUUGAAGGAUGUGUACGAUGACGGCAAGCAUGUCUACCUGGUAACCGAGCUCAUGAGAGGAGGGGAACUGCUGGACAGGAUCCUCAAGCAGAAGUGUUUCUCAGAAAGGGAGGCCAGCUCUGUCCUGCACACAAUUUGCAAGACAGUGGAGUAUCUGCACUCCCAAGGGGUAGUCCACAGAGACUUGAAGCCUAGCAACAUCCUCUACGUAGAUGAGUCCAGCAACCCAGAAUGUAUCCGCAUUUGUGACUUCGGCUUUGCCAAGCAGCUGAGGGCAGACAAUGGACUUCUUAUGACUCCUUGCUACACAGCCAACUUUGUAGCUCCAGAGGUUUUGAAACGUCAGGGUUAUGAUGAGGCCUGUGAUAUCUGGAGCUUAGGAAUCCUCCUCUACACAAUGUUGGCAGGGUACACUCCCUUUGCAAAUGGGCCCAGUGACACUCCAGAAGAGAUCCUCACUCGGAUAGGCGGGGGAAAGUUUUCCCUCAAAGGGGGAAACUGGGACACAGUUUCUGACACAGCAAAGGACCUGGUAUCCAAGAUGCUCCACAUUGACCCUCAUCAGCGCCUGACUGCCAAACAAGUCCUCCAGCACUCAUGGAUAACUCAAAAGGACAGGUUGCCCCAGAGCCAGCUGAGUCACCAGGAUGUACAACUUGUAAAGGGUGCUAUGGCUGCCACGUAUUCUGCGUUGAACAACUCCAAGCCAAGUCCCCAGCUGAAGCCCAUUGAGUCAUCCUUCCUAGCACAGAGGAGGGUGAAGAAGCUCCCGUCUACCACACUGUAAUGAGAGAUUUUCCUUGCCUGUCCAUGCUCAACUCUGCAGACGCUUCCUUGGAGAUCCAAGGGGAGCCAAAACCAUAACCCCUGUGAGAAGUCCUGUUUUGAGGCAUUUCCUCAAAUGCACAUCGAGGCUAUGUGCCCUCAGACAGACUAGCUGUUGCUUUCUUCAUGGACUUCACUCUUUUUUGUGAAUAGUGAAGACUCUUUGUUAAAGAGUUCAUAUAUGUGUAUAUGAGAGUUGGAGUACACAACAAUCUGUAUUUUUGACAACAGUGAUACAGCAGAUCUUCCCCUGCCUGGAAAGGGCCAGACGUUACGCAGGUGGAUGCCUCUUUAGAGCCAGAUCCGGUACAGCAGGGGCAAUUGGUUUUCUCCCCACCCCUGACCACAGUCAAUCCAACUGAAGUUUCCAAGAUCCCCUUUGUUUGUUCAGGUUCCGCCCACCCCAAAUCAUGUGUAGGUUUUUGUAGGGACAAGUUUCUCAGACGCCAUCCUCUUUCAAACUAUGUGGCUCAUUUCUGAGAGCAUCUUGAAUGUCCCUGUUUGAUCAUCUUCCCCUCCUGCCUUCCCAACCAUCUUUGAACAUCACUCUUGCAGACACUCACUGGCAGACCUGGGAUUGCUCCUUUUCUCCUCCACCCCAUAUCCUUGAAUCACCUUUUAAACUUUUUAAGGCAGAUGCUACACUGCUUUGAAUACACAAUGGACUUGAAAGGAAAUUUAUUUCCCCACGGUGAAAAUGUCAGGUUGUCUGUGUCUCUGUGUGUGUGCG